AUGUCCAAGAGAAAAGCAAUAAAAGUUCCAAAAGCUCCAUCACCUUUAUUACCAACAGAAUGCAUGGAACAAAUAUUCAAACAUGUUCUCGAAAUGGAAAGCGCAAGACUUCAUCCUUCUCUGCUUGUAAACCGAUACUGGUGUAAAAACGUUGUACCAUUCCUAUGGACUCGACCAUUUGCUCUUGUAUCAAAUCAAGAUUGUUACAAAUUAUUAAGAACUUUUCUUUUAUGUCUUGAUAGUCAAGAACAUAAUUUAUUAAAUUGUUUAUUAAAACCUUAUAAAAUAAAGAUCCCUUCUUCAAAUAAACGAACCACGUUCAAUUAUCCAAUUUAUAUGCAAGAAUUGUCUUUAAAAGAUUUAGAAGUUUGUAUAGCUUCCACAAUUCAUAAAUGGUAUGGAAAAAGCAGUUACGACGGUUACUACCCAUACCAAAUGGAAAUUUUAAUAAAUUCUUUGUUACGAUUAUUCUUUCGGGGUUCAACAAAUCUACGUUUUCUCAAUUUCAAUCAAUAUUUUAAUUUCUUGGACAUUCUAGACUCAACCGAACUUUUUUCGCAAACACAAUAUGGAUUAAGUCAACUUACAAGAUUACAAAUCGUCAAUAAUGAACCCAUAACACGAAAUACUAUUCAUUUUUUGAAAUUAUUAUCAAUUACAUGUAAACAGAUUCAUUCUUUAGAAAUUAGACUUCAAUCUUUUGAUUAUAGCACAGAAGUGAUCAAUCAUUUCACGAAUCUUAUCACAUCUCAAAGGGAUCUUAUGGAAUUCAGUAUUGCAAAUAUAAUGAUAAAUUUUGAACAAAUCAUGUCUUCUUUACAAUCUCACAAAAUUUGUUUGCACUCGAUCAAGUUGGAUUGUGUCUACCUCACCGAAGGUUCAAUGAAUUUAUUAAAUAAUUUUCAUAAUUUAGAAAGUCUCUAUUUAUAUUAUUGUGAGGGUUUAACUAGUACUUUACUCGAAGGACAUUUUAAUUUACAAAAUUUACACAUAAUUAAUUCUUUGAAAUUACAAAAUGUCACAUUAUCUAUGUUACAAGUAUAUGGAAAUUCUUUACGACAAUUGGGUCUUAAUAUUCAUGAUUUAGAAGUAUCUGGUGAUAUGGCUUUUGAAUGUUGUCAAAACAUCAAUGAGUUGGUUUUAAUUAUUUAUAACCCGACUCAUUUGUCUGGUUAUGACACUUGGAAAACUGAAAAAUGGAAAGAAAGACUUGAUACAUUAAUAUUGACUCAAAAAAUUAACUUGUCCACACUUUCCAUUCGUGAUCAAACUAUAUAA